GUGAUGGAAUGUCCUGAGGGGAUAAAAGCUGGAAUCGGUCUCAGCACAUCUCAGUUACUCAUUUUGAUUCGUUUGGACAAGUGAGUUACUACAGCGCUUAUUUGGAAAAAUGACUAGAAAGCUACCUCCAAUCUCUCGGCCUCAACCCCAGGCUCCAUUUCUUUCUGUUCCUUCCCGCUCUCGUCUUCCAGCCCUCCUUCCCCCCGUUACUCCUCAAACUUCCUGCCCUCAGCCUCCUCUCCAGAGCCGUCCAUCUUGUUCGAUUUUCUGCCCUACCCGUUUGCCCAAGCUGACUGAUGUCUCCUCUUCCCAGUACCCUACCUCAAGGAAUUUUCUGCCCAGCUCUUCCUCUGUUACUACCAGAGCGUCUGUGUGCCGCCAACUUGUUCGUCAGGCACCCCUUUCCCAGUGCCCUCCUAUCUUCCCCCCUCGCCCUCCUCAUAGCCCUUCUUGCUAGUUUCCUGUACUCUAGUCCUCACUCCCUACCCAGCCACCCCCAACCAGACCUGACGAUUUACAAAUCUCACCCUGGAGAAAUGGUUUCCCUCCUACUGGGGCAGUUCUCAGGCAGUUCAGAAUUGCCAGGACUGUGGAUUCCCAGCAACGACCUGGCAGACACAGGGAAUCCAAGACCAUGGCAAGCGAAUAUUCAGCCUGGCCUGCGCCUUUCCUCUCCUGCCUGGGCAGCCAGACUGCACAAGCGUCUGCAUUUGAACUGGCUUCUCCGUGGAACUUGGUCUGUAACCACAGAGCAAACUGUAGAACCAGAGGCAGAGAAGUUGAUGGCAAGCCUUUUUCCUGGCAGUAUCGAGAGGCAGUUCUAGUAAAGAGGCUGGAUUCCGAGAGGCCAGAGCGGUAUCAUAGAACGCUGUUGCCUGGAGAUGGAGCGGGGCGCCGUUGCCUAGAGACUGCAGGAGGCCCGCGGCCGAGCGAGUGGUAAGAGGACGCCAAGAGAGUGCCGGACCCACGGAGCAGCUCCAAGGCCAUGGCUGGACACCCGAAAGAGAGGGUGGUCACAGAUGAGGUCCAUCAGAACCAGAUCUUGCGGGAGCUGUACCUCAAAGAGUUACGAACCCAGAAACUCUACACUCAGUACCACGUGAAUCCCCUGCGCAAGGUUCACAGGAUUACGAGGAAGCCCAUGUCUUGGCAUGAUAACCUGGAGGAACCCGCAGACGCCAGGUUUCUGAAUCUCAUUCACCAUGCUGCCCAGGGGCCAAGGAAGAAGUACCCGGAGGCACAAACUGAAAACCAGGAAAUUGGGUGGGACUUAGAGCCCUUGGUCGACCCAGAACGCAGUGACCGUAGGAUGAACCACUUCAGGGUCUACAAUGACAUCACUCUGUACAAAGCUAAAAUGUGGAGCUUGGGAGAAGAUGAUCGCCACAAGUAGCUUCUCAGCAAUGGAGUCAGUUCCUGGAUUUAAUGUCCUAAAUAUCCACUGCCUAGAAGAGUAAAUAUUACUUUAACCUACCCCGUCCAUAAUUCAUGGAUAAUGGCAAAAAUUAGGAAGCAUAAAAAAAUGCGGAAGAAGGAAAUAAAAAUUGCCCAUUAUCUCACCAUAUGGAAGUGACUAAUAUUAGCAUUUUAAACCAUUUGUUUUUAAAAUUAAUAAUAAAUUGCAUAUAUCUAUUGUGUA